AUGAAUCACUCAACGCUUCUGCAAAGCACCUUUCCACUGGACGGCCCGAUAAACACCGACGGGGACUAUACAGGGACAUCACGACCAUUUUCGAGUUCGACAGGCUUUUCCAUGGAUGAAGAGGAAAAUACCCGAAGGGGCGGUGCUGUUGGCCACCCGCUGGCGCAGCCAGUGUCAAUACCAGCUACCAACGGCCUGCGAUACAACACACAGCAGCCUGCGAUGCAGGAGGUACCCUUUCCGACGUCUCCUACCUCCAUUCUCAUGAGCCCUACUGACACAUGCUCUGAAACAUUCUCUCCUUCAUCGAACUCACUGUAUACACAUUCUUCAGGAAUGUCAUACGAUAGAAUGUCGGAUUACAGAUCCCAUCGGGUGCCCCCACUUCAGCCGCCCGCCAACAUGUCACCCAGUCUGCAAUCGCAGGGGACAAGCGUCUCUGGAAGUACCUCCAUUAUGGGGCGAAAUGAUGGGUAUCCGGGAGCAUACACACUCCAUCGAGGACCGUUCCAAGGACCUUUGACAGGUCUUGGGGAAAUCAAUAGGAUCACACCCUUUGGAACAACCCCUCGAGGUGUCAUCGAGGGCACUAUGGAUCGACCUUCGAGCGUGUAUAUUGGGUCGGGGACUAUGUUGAUGGACGCCGUCCAGCAACGUUUGCCCCAGCCAGUUGCCGAUGCUCCUCCUUUUGGCGAAACUAUGGUGAUUCAACCGGUCGUCUCCGGAGCUCAAACCAUCACUCCUGAGAUACAAGCCAAGAUACAUAAGGGUUUCUUCCAGGUCGAUGACAAGUGGACGUGCUAUAGACGCAAUUAUUUCUCAGUCUCAUGUUCGUUUACGUUGCAGCCGUGGUCAAACGCUCCACUAUACGUGAAAUUGUCGGAGCAUGGGCCAGAACGCAUUACAAGAUUUGCCAUGUCAAUUUCCGCCGUAGUGAACCAACAAGUCGGGGAAGUUCGGGAAUUGGUUCAACACACCCCCAAACGGGACAAGCAAUCGGAAAGAAAACCGGGAAAGGUCAUAUUGCAACCCUCUCAACCUACGCCCUUGGUUCUGGGUCAUGGAGCAUCACCAAACAGCAGCCAGCAUGGGUUUUCGUUGGCCUCACAGUCGGCUGGGUUAUCGCUGGAUUUCGGUGGUUACCCAGGAGCGAGCCAGCCUUCACAGCCGCCAACCCAGCACACGUUUGAGCGAAUUCAGUUCCAGAAGGCAACGGCGAACAAUGGAAAACGGCGAGCCCAGCAGCAGUACUAUAACCUAGUCGUUGAGCUCUAUGCUGAGGUCGCCAGUUCGGUUCCAGGUACCGAUACCCAAUGGGUCAGAAUUGCCAGGCGACUUUCGCAUCCAAUGGUAGUCCGGGGUCGCUCCCCGGGCCAUUACAAAGACGGCCGCCGCGAUAGUUCGACCAGCAUGGGCCCCGAUGGAGGGAGCGGUGGCUCCGGUGAUGGAAGUGGAGGGGCUGUCCUCCCCCCAGGAUUAGGAGCAGGUGCACGGUCUCACUUGGCCCUCAUGCCGUACGACUCUUCUCAGCGCGGUGGGCCACAUUACGGUCGAACAGAUUACCAUCAAAUGACCGCGCCAGACCAGUCACCGCUAAGCGAGAGUCCACACAUAUCGUCAUCCUCGUCAUCGGCGUUUGAUAUUGGACUCAUGAAUGAUAACACUAUGGAUCCGAUGGACUCGAUGAAAAGCUCGUCCAGCAUGGAUACCUAUCAGGACUCUAACUAUAGCGUUAUGAACAACCGAAAGCCGGCAAGCCAUUACCGCCAUCCACAUCCCUCAUUCGAGUACGAAUCCGUAUCCAAAACCAGCGAAGAGACCGGCCAUGCAUUUCCCCAACCAUUUGAGUCGAUGGUCUCUAUGGUGACGAAUAAUGAUCAGCAUGAACCUCCGCAUUACCUGAAACAACCCCCUCGGCUAGCUUCUCACCUGUACCAGCACUCUAGUAGUAGUGGCUUUGACCCCGUCUAUUCGACUCGCACCGCUGAUGGGAGCUCUUAUGGUCGAUUUACCAACUCCCAAAGUCUGUGCGCUUAG